AUGGUCACAAGCGGAAAUGUCUUGCUCACCAUCUUGGACGUUGAUGGCGAUGUCCUUCAAGCUGCGUGUGCCUCUCUUGAAGGCAGGUCGUGCACCUCAGUUGACUGCUCAUUACUGCCCAGACGCGUUCCUUCGAUGCCAUUCAUUGAGCCGUUCGUUGCAUACUGUCAACAGCACUCAUUUCGUGACCCGUCUUAAUAAAAGUCCAUUCUCGUGGUUGCCGCCAUCACGCUCCAUGAUUUGGCGAAAUAUGGCCACCAAUUCGCACCCCAAGACACCUCCGAACACUAAUUCACGUCCCCCACCAUAUGCAUCCCGACAGUCAUUAUACGCGGCCCGGAAUCGCAAUCUGUUGAUGUACUCCUCUGCUGUCAUUGUAUUUGCACUAGGAGUAACCUAUGCUGCAGUUCCUCUCUACCGGAUGUUCUGCGCAGCCACUGGCUUCGCCGGCACUCCAAAUGUCGGUACAGGCCGAUUCGAGCCUGCGCGCCUGGUCCCCAUUGACGGAGCACGUCGCAUCAAGGUUCAUUUCAAUGCUGACCGUGCUGAAGCACUGCCGUGGGCUUUUACUCCACAGCAGAAGUUCGUGACGGUCCUUCCCGGCGAGACUAGUCUCGCUUUUUACAAGGCAAAGAAUGAGAGUAAAAAGGAUAUAAUUGGAAUCGCAACGUACAAUGUUACGCCUGACCGAAUCGCUCCGUACUUUUCGAAAGUAGAGUGCUUCUGCUUUGAGGAGCAGAAAUUGCUUGCAGGAGAGGAAGUCGAUAUGCCACUCCUUUUUUUCAUAGAUAAAGACAUUCUCGAUGACCCUGCAUGUAGGGGCAUUGAUGACGUUGUUCUCUCGUACACGUUCUUCAGAGCCCGUCGUAACGCUCAAGGUCAUCUUGAGCCAGAUGCAAGUGACAAGGAUGUUCAGAAGUCUCUUGGGUUCGGGGAUUACGAGAUGGCACCGCGUGCAGAAAUCCGCAAUGCGCAGCCAGGAAAGAGUUCGUGAAUUAUGCACGUUUUGAUGAAUUUCCACAGAGCAGAGCAAGCCCCCCUCGCACUUUUUUGUAUAUCUAUUCUACAGCAUACAUACCAGUACUUGUCCGGACGCAACGCAACGCACCUUCCCCCGUAAACAUAAGUGCCCUUGAAAUUAGAAACCAGUUGAAGUG